AUGUCCUCCUGGGGUGUCAUUGAAUGCAGGGCUGAGCCAGGGUCUCCCUGGACCUCAGCUAGAGGCCCACUCACCACCAGCUCCUGGAGUGCCCUCUGCGCCACCCUAGAGCGGGAAGGGAGGGGGGGGAGGUACUUCGGUCCAGGGGCGGGGCGACGCCGAGAGGGGUGGGGCCAGGGCGGAAACGGAAGAGGCGGCUUUCGCGCGCUCGGCGGCGGCGGCGGCGGCGGCGGCGGCCGGAUCCCGGAGGAGGUGGCGGCGUCGGUGGUCAUACCAAAUUGCCUCCCACCACCAAAGGAGGGGCCUAGGGUCCUGCACCUGAUGCUUGAUUUUGCAGAUCUGAGCGGCCGGCACAGCCCACAGAUGAGGUCUGAGAUCCCGAUCACCGCCAGGAGUAACGACUUGUGGGGCCACCCUGUGGGGAACAACCAGGACGCAGCCCUGACCGCUUUGCUCACAUCCUCUGCAAGAAGGUCGGUGCCCACCUACCACCUAUGCCCUGAUCUGACUCCCAGCUGCCUUGCCCUAGACCUUGAGCCCCUUGAGGGCAAGAUGCUGGGGGGAAUGGCUCUGAGCUCAAUAAACAUCCCUGGAAGCAACAAAUGAUUCCUGGCCUCUUUCUUGUGCUGGUCGUUGCCGAAGUGCCCGGUGCGAGCUGUGGGUGGGGGAGCCUCAAGGUGCUUCUUGCCUCGUCUGAACUUGGAGGGCCCUUUCUGUAAAGACUGGGCAGCACCUAGGGGUGUGUGUGGAGGGGAUGUCUCAGGCCCCUGAGGGCUGCUGAGUUGCUGGGAGACUGGGGAACCCGCCCAGGUGGUUCACCUCCUAGACCUUUAGAGGCCCAGGGGCCCCAGGCCGGCAGGAACGAGGGCUCCCAGUGCCCACCGGGAUGGUCCACGGCCUGUCAAAGGGGCUGUUCAUCUCUGCGGCCUUCAGUCUGCCGUGUGUCCCUCUCCCGCCCUCCUCAGUACGGCCACGUGCAGGGUGGGGGACUCAGGGAGAGGCCGAGGGAAGACAGUCGAGGAUGGGGCCAGGGUUCCAGCCUCUGUCCACACGCGGGCAAGCAGCUCUGUUCCCAGGAGCCCACCCUGGCCAUUGCAAGGCCCUCACAGCCAGCUUAGGAAGGGGCGGUGCUAUCGUCACCAGGGAGGGGGCCACCUUGCCCCACUUCCGCGUGAUCCCCCCCCCCGCCUCAGACUGCUGGCUAGGCUGACCCCGGCCAUCUGCGUCCUAGCCGCUGUCGAACUCCCUGGCCUGGACGUCCUCAGGGCUUCCACAGGCCCCACUUUUCCCCUCCGAGUCCCAAGGAUCCCUGCCCAGCGUCGGGGAACGAUGUUCCCAGCCCUUGUGUACCGCCGGGCCGGAAUGCUCUGCCUCGCCGAGGGGUCCCGAGCCCGGCCCUUUGCAACCCCACCCGUCUCCUCUUCCCGAUGCCCCGACCCCGCUCCUCCUCCAGCGGACACCGGCCUUCCCCACCCGUGAGCGGGGCGCAGGAAGAGAGACGAAUGCAGGUUCACUGGGCGGGGCGCCCCACUCCUCCCUUGUCCAGCCGCGGGGCUCCGGGAAAGGCGAGAGGGAUUCCCGCAGAAGGGGACGAAGGAACUAAGGGGAACGCGGUCCGGCAGGGCCCAGGUCGGGGGAGAGAAGAGGGGGGGAAGG